ACCGUAUCUCUCUCCUCACAAAUCUCUCUCACCUCUUUCUCUCUCUAGAAAUUGUUUGGCUUUCCCUCUCUCUCUCUUUCUCUGCUGAAUUCUAAUAUCCAGCCCAACCGUCUACUCUUUGAGAAAUCCGCCAUUAUUUACUCCUCUUAUGCCAUUUACUCUCUUUAUAUAAAUUUGGAUUUUGGGUCUUCUGUUUCAUUUCAAUUAGAGUUGUGACAAGGAAGAAAAUGGCUGUUCAAACUCAUCAAUAUUUUUCCAAUGCUCUGCAUCUUAAGAGAAAAGAACAGGAGAUGAACUCAACUGGAUUCGAAGCUUUGAAUGAAUCCUCAACUUUGUUAUCAACUAUUGGAGGUUAUAUGAUAAAUCCAAAGGAGGGAAACCAAUACUUGAUACAAUCACAACCGUCGAUUCCCCGGCCUCAGAAGAUAAUAAGACUAGAUCAGUAUCAGCAGCGAAGUCACAAUCCUGCAUUGAAAUCCACUGGGCUUCAACUGGCAUCUGGAGAGCAAAAUUUGAGCCAAAAUGUGAACCAGAUCAAUCCCCUACUCUCCUCUUCUCCCCUUUGCGAGGAUUUUUCAAGUUCAGUUGGCCAAUACAGCAAGGAACUUGACCAAUUACUGCAAGCUCAGGGAGAACAACUUCGACAAGCACUAGCCAAGAGCCAACAAUCCCACUACAAGCAACUCCUCCAACACUUAGAAAAAUCGGCAGCCAAAAUCCUCACCGAAAAACAAACCGAACUAAACCAACUCAUCCAACACACCUCCAAGUUACAAAACCACCUAGCCCAGCUACAAUCCGAAUCCUUCGGUUGGCAGUCCAAAGCAAUCAAAUCCCAGACAAUUGCAAACUCAAUCCGAGCCCAAGUACAGCAGAUCCAGCAGGAGUCGGUAGUCGCUGAAGACGCCGGUUCGUCGUGCACCGAACCGAACAGGACGGACCCCGACGACGGGAGAUUGUCGUGCAGGGUGUGCAGGAGUCGGGCAGUGUCUGUGGUUGUGUUGCCGUGCCGGCAUUUGUGUUUGUGCGAGGAUUGUGACGGUGGUGGUGAGGUGAAGGCUUGUCCUGUUUGUGAUUGUGUUGGGAGUGGGAGUGUGAGAGUUUUCUUGUGUUUGAGAGUUUGUUUGGUUGGCAGUGGUAGAGAAGACUCCCCCCCCCCCCCCGUUGGUUCUUUAUUAAGUUAA